AUGACUGGAGUCUUAGACGAAAUUGUGGAAGAGGCUAUUCGAGGUAUUCUUGAAGAAGGUGCCCGUGCCAAUCAACAAAGAGAGGCGGAAAUAAUGGCUCAUCAAUCACGAGAGGUUAAUACGUACAACAACAGUCAAAUGAUUUACGAUGCUGUGGCACGACUGUAUACAGCCGAAUCAUUUCUGUACAGACUAAUAAACGCUACUUUGCAAGAGAAUGAUCUGAAGAAAACCAAUACACUCGGGGUAUUCUGCUAUCUGUUAAGAGAAAGUCUAUCCUAUACCGACGUACGUCGUGAACUAACUGUUUUUCGUGGUGGUAAUUUAACACAGAAAGAGUUAGAUAGUUACAAACUAUCAAUUGGGCAUAGCAUUGAGUGGAGUCCACUUACAUCGACGACGAUGAAUCGUCAUCUUGCUGAAAAUUGUGGCGGAUAUCCUGGAAAUACACUGUUUAUCAUUCAUAGGGAGCGUGCGGCGAAGACUUGCAAAGAUGUUUCAACCGUAUCACACUACCCUGAUGAAGAAGAAGUAAUCUUUAUAGCAGAGCAUUUACAUCUGGUACAAAGUAUUCGAUUUGACAAAGUCAGCAAAAAACACUUAAUUUUCUUAACCGAUCUUUAUGACUAUGAGGUAGGGCACGUGUUUUUAAUUGGUUUAGCGUGCAAUAAAUCUGCACAAAGUGACCUGGUGUUAUCUGGAGCAAAUGAUCAUCAUACUAUUCGAAAGGCAACAAAUCCAAUAAUAACAACAAGUACAGUAAACGAUAUAUCAAUUAUACAAACAAAUAAUCCAUUACCCACAACAUUACCAUCGCUCAAUAAUUGA